AUGAACGCCAGAGACGAAUGCUUUCUUAAAAUGAAGAAUUUCCAGUUCAGGGAUGUUAUCGGAUGUGGUGCUUGUGGCGUUGUUUACCUUGUUUAUGAUCCUUUAUACAGACGCGAAUUUGCUUUGAAGUCAAUUAAGGAGUCAAAGUUCAAUAAGAACGAAGUUGAUUGCAUGAAACAAGUUGAUGACUCUAAUAUUGUCCGUUUGUAUAACUAUGAUUACUAUGAUGGUUCAGUUUACCUCCUUAUGGAAUAUUGUCCAACAUCACUUGACAGAUAUAUCCGAAGGAAAUCGAUACUUUCUCAUGAACAGAUGAUUAAGUAUGCAACAGGGAUACUAAAAGCUAUCAGGGCUUGCCAUCAUUGCCACGUAGCACAUUUAGAUAUCAAACCUGCUAACUUUUUAAUCGAUUAUUACGAUAGAAUAAGAGUAUGCGAUUUUGGAUUUUCAUCGAUCCAUAGUGAUUCGGAGCUUGAUCGCACUUGUGAAGGCUCUGUUCCUUUUAUGGCUCCUGAAAUCAUCCAAGGAAAGCCACAUGACUCUUUCAAAGCUGAUAUGUGGGCAAUUGGUGUUACAUUCUUUAUCAUGGCCACUGGAGUUUUUCCAUGGGCAGGAGACGAUAGAAAGACAUUAUGUGAAAACUUACAAAGUCAGCCACCUAGAAUGGAAUUAGUUCACGAUACACAUUUCGCGGGUAUUAUCAAACAGCUACUAUCUAUUAAUCCAGACGAGAGACCGUCAAUUGACCAGUUAUUAGAAAGUCAAUUGUUCAGAGAGUCAUCUUCAGUUAUUGGAAGAAUAAAUCAUAAGAAGAUGCAUCCAUAUGCUGUUAAAGCCUGCUGCUACUCACUGACUAAUUAUAUUGUUGUUCCAAGAAUCCAAAGAACAAAGCUUCAGCAAAGUAUUUAA